AUGUUUGGAUUGGUAGGAUUGGCCUCGGCACGUGCCGGGUUACAGAGAGCGCUCGGCGCCACAGCCACCAGAGUGACGGCCAUGGCCACCCCCAACGUCAUGUACACGGCCUCCUUGGCACGUCCGUUGGAGACCAUCAGAACGUUCAAGGUGAGAACCGCCGUCAAGAAGAUCUGCAAGGACUGCUACAUGGUCAAGAGAAAGGGCAGAAUGUACGUGUACUGCAAGUCCAACGGGAAGCACAAGCAAAGACAGGGCUAG